AUGUCCCGGAACGAAACCAAUGCCGCCGAAUGCUCCGCCGUGGAGAAGGGCCCGGAGCCGGAGAAGACCGGCGUCGAUGGAGAGGAGCCACCGGAUCCGAACGUUGUCGACUUUGACGGCCCCGAUGAUCCGGAGCACCCAUUGAACUGGUCGACGACUAAGAAGACGGCGUCCAUCGUCAUUGUGUCUUUGACCGCGCUGCUCUCGCCUAUAGGCUCGACCAUCAGCGCCUCAGCGGCGGCCAACAUCAUGGAGUACUUUGGCACGACCGACGACACUCUGGGUGCACUCAUGACCACCAUCUACCUACUUGGAUACGCCUUCGGUCCAAUCGUCAUCGCGCCCCUCUCGGAGCUGUACGGACGUGUGAUUGUUUUUCGUACAUGCACGAUCCUGUUCACCAUCUUCAACAUCGCGUGCGCGGUAGCGAACAGCCUCGGGUCCCUGGUGGUUUACCGUCUGCUGGCCGGUAUCGCUGGGUCAUGCGCGGGCACGCUGGGCGCCAGCUCUAUUGCGGACAUGAUCCCACGCGAGAGGCGCGGAGCCGUUAUGUCUGCGUACAUCAUGGGCCCGACCUUGGGCCCGACCAUCGGACCCAUCAUCGGCGGCAACCUCACGGCGGCCGCGGGCUGGCGAUGGGACUUCUGGCUUAUGGCUAUUGCAUCAGGUGUCAUGGCUAUCUUCGUCAUCGUCUUCUUGCGCGAGUCGUAUCCGUCCGUGAUACUGACCAAGAAGACGGCGAGGUUGCGAAAGAGCACUGGGAACCAGAACCUGCGAUCGGCCUUGAAUACCGGCAAAACUGUCAAACAGGUUUUCACAUUCUCUCUCUUACUACGCCCUCUCAAGAUGCUGAUCUCGCCCAUCGUGUUCCUGAUGUCGGCCUAUGCCGCCACCGUCUUCAGCUAUGCCUACCUUUGCUUCACAACCUUUCCUCGCGUUUUCAAGGACCAAUACGGCUUCGGCAGCGGAGCGUCGGGACUAACUAGUAUUGGCAUUGGAGUCGGCUUUAUCCUGGGACUUCUGUUUGUAGGUGCUGUGUCUGAUCCCUGGUCUGCCUACCUCACGAAGAAGAACGACGGCGUGGCCAAGCCAGAGUAUCGCCUGCCCACAUUAGUUGUCGGCGCCAUCUUCGUCCCCAUCGGUCUAUUCUGGUAUGGAUGGUCAGCCGAGAACAAAGCCCAUUGGAUUUUGCCCAUCUUAGGGACCGCCUUUGCUGGCAUCGGCAUUGUGAUGGCAUAUACAACAACCGCUACAUAUCUCAUUGAUGCAUACACGGUUUACGCUGCGUCAGUUACGGCCGCAAGUGCUCUCCUCCGCUGUCUCUUUGGGGCUCUGCUUCCUUUGGCGGGUGGCGCCAUGUUCGAUGCUCUAGGAGUAGGCUGGGGGAAUUCGGUCCUCGGAUUUAUAUCUCUUGCCUUUCUCCCCCUACCUUUCAUCCUUUUCUUUUAUGGCGAAAGAAUCCGCGGGUCGCGACUUUUCAAAUUGGAGUAUUGA